UUCGAUCACAGAUGCAUUAAGGAGACAGUGAGCGCAGAAAAAUGAAGACAGGGGCAAGAGAUUAUUGCAUCAUGUUUGUGGGCUUAUUAUGCCUAAUUACCCUAACCAUAACUGAGUCUGCAACUGAAGGAGGAAGUGGUGGAAGAAGAAUAAGAAGACGAUCCCCUGUAGAUGUAUCAGUAGGAGUGAUUCUGGACUUGAAUUCAUCACUUGGUCACAUGGCUCUUAACUGCACCAACUUCGGACUCCAAGAUUUCUAUUCCACAAAUGAUCCUUAUACCACCAAGCUCCGACUUCUUUUCAGGGAUUCUAGAAACGACGUCCUCACCGCAGCUUCUGUAGCUAGGGAUCUAAUAAUUAAGGAAAAGGUGCAAGCAAUCCUAGGACCUCAAAACUCAGAGCAAGCAAGGUUUGUUGUAGAACUUGGUUUCAAGUAUCAUGUUCCUGUGAUCUGGUUUCCUCCAUCUGGUCCAUCUCUUUUGCCGCCUCGCUCCCGAUUCUUCAUUCACUCCUACCUCGUCAGAAGCCAUUGCUUUCAGUUCAGAGCCAUAGCAGCCAUUAUCGAAGCUUAUAAUUGGCAGUCUGUGAUCCCCAUUUAUGAAGAGCCAGAAUUCGGCUACGACCUCAUUCCAUGUCUCACUUAUGCUAUGGAAGAAAUGGACACUCGAGUGCCUUACAUAAGUGCCAUAAAUCAAAAUUUCAACGAGACUCAAGUCGAAAACGAGCUUAAAAAGUUCAAAGACAAGCGAACAUAUGUGUUUCUUGUCCACAUGACCGUGGAGCUAUGGUCAAGACUCGUGAAAGUUGCAUACAAAGCAGGGAUGAUGAGUAAAGGAUAUGCUUGGAUACUUACCCAAGGGUUAUCUUCUGUGAUGGAUCCCGAAGCUAAAGAUAUUAAAGUGAAAGGCUACAUGGAUGGUGCAUUGGGUGUGGGGCCAUCGGUAGUUUCCAACAAAAAUGACAUAAUAAGUAAGCGCAGGUACGUAGCGAGAAGAUUACUGAAUUACAACAAAACUCUCUCUCUCUAUGGCUUGUGGGCUUAUGACACUGUCACAGCAUUGGCCAACGCAGUGGAGAAUUCCGGCUUAGUGAAUUAUAAUGAAAGCAGAGUUGACCUUGUAGAUGAAGAUCUAGGAAUGCGUAAUGAAACAGGCCAAAAACUUCGCAGAGCAAUUAUGCAUACUAAUUUCCCAGGCCUAUCGGGGAAUUUCAGUUUAUGGCAAGGACAGCUAAAACCAUCAACAGUUGUAGUGUACAAUGUGAAAGGACUAACCGAUACUAUCAUUGGAAGUUGGAGCCCCAGAACAGGACUUGCUCGCUACAAACUAAUGGAUCCGAUCAGAUGGCCUGGUAACACAACAGACAGACCACCAAAGUUGAAAAUCGGAGUCCCAAAGACACAUUUUACUGAAUUUGUUGAUGUUAGUGGAGAAUGGCCGAAUAUGUCUUUUGAUGGCUUUGCUAUUCAUGUGUUCAAGAAAGUGGUUGAUGUUUUGCCAUUUCCUUUAAAUUAUGAGUUUGUGCCAGUCAACAUCAACGCAGAGAGGACUCCAUCAAGCUACGAUGAUCUUCUCUGCAGUAUCACAGACAAGAAUGUUGAUGUUGAUGUUAUAAUUGGAGAUGUUACAAUUGUAGCGAAUCGCACAAACUGUGUUGACUUCACAUUGCCGUAUCUAGAUUCAAGCGUGUCCAUGGUGGUAAAGGUGAGGUCCGACACCAAAAGUCGGUGGAUCCUCUUCAAACCUUUUGAUUGGUUACUUUGGUUAAUUCUUGGUGUGAUUUUUGUGGGCGCAACUGUGAUUGUAAUUAUAUUAGAAAAAAAAACCAAGGCUGAUCCUGAAAGCCAAUUCCAGAACUUUGUCCGCAAUCCCUUCCUCAUUUACAUGAGCGAUAUUGGUUCUCUGAAAAGUGGGACGUCUAAAUGGGUGGUGAUAGUGAUCACGUUUCUGUUGGGGCUAGCGUUGCAAGUUUACACAGCAAAUUUGACAUCAAUUUUAACAGAGCGGACAACGGCAAAACCUUCUCCAUGGAGGGACGUGCAAGAGAUUAAAAGGAACAAUCUGUCAGUGGGAUAUCAAAAGGAUUCCUGGGUGAAAGGCCUUCUCAUUCACCAGCUAGGACUCAAUGAAGAACAGUUAAAGCCUUAUGCAAGCCCUGACGAGUACAAUCAUGCAUUGUCAACCAAAAAAGAUGGCGUGGAUGUUAUUUUUGAUGAAAUUCCUUAUCUCACGCUCUUCCUUUCCAGUUGCCCUUCUUGCAAGAUGACAGGACCAAUCUACAAAAGUGGUGGAUUUUCCUUUGCAUUCCCAAAGAAUUCUACCUUGGUCUUAAAUUUCUCAGCUGCAAUAUUGAAUGUAACUCAAAAUGUGACGACAUUUCGUAACAUGAAGAAGGAAAUAUUGUUACCCGUCACCAUUGAUAGAUCUGAAUACAAAAGUGAUGUUGAGAUGCGAAGUUUGAAGAUAGAUGACUUCGGAGGCCUUUUCCCGAUAGCAUUAUUUGUUUUAGUUCUCUUCUUAAGCCUUUCAAUUCUUAGAGUUCUUAAAGUUCCACCAAUCACUCCCUGGCUGCAUAAGAAAUUGGUUCCAUUUUCAAGUGCGUAGGAGUUAUAUUCAUUAGUAGCUAGCUAAUGCCUGUAAAAUCAGUGUGUUAUGUACAGGAAGCAUACUGUGAAUGGUCCAAGUGACAAGAAUAAGGUGAUGUGAAUAAGUUUGAGACCUUUUGAUUGUACUAUAUGUUAUUUUGUAAUAAAUGAUUCUUCAGGUUC